AUGCUUCUCCCUCAGGGUGGACUCAACUGGAAAGCCACAAAGGCUCAGCUUCCGCUGGGUAGAUUUCUGCGGAACAAUGUCACGAGGUCGCGAUUCUUUCCGCUGGUCGUCUUCGUCUGCAUCUUCUUGGUGAUAUGGCGUAGCAUGUUCAACUCGGCCCCCGUGCCGCAAAGUUGGGGCCCAGGCAAAUCGCCCAUGGAUAUGACACCGAACGAGUUUGCUGUGUGGAACUCGCACAUGAAGACGCCAGUCCUCUUCAACCACCACGCCCCCAUCGAAGUCGGCGCUACAUCGAUCAAACAUAUCGACCUCAACCCCAUCAAGUCGACGCGGAGGGCGCUAGUCAACGAAGAACGGAUCCUGAUCCUCACCCCCCUCAAGGAUGCCUCUUCGUACCUUCCUCGAUAUUUCCAACUCCUUUCCCAACUUACGUACCCGCAUCGUCUGAUCGAUAUCGCAUUCCUGAUCUCCGACUCUACGGAUGAUACACUGGCCAUCCUUGCCUCUGAGCUGGACCGCCUCCAACGACAGCCCGGCGAAAUCCCCUUCAACAGCGCCAUCGUCAUCGAGAAGGACUUUGACUUCCACCUGAGUCAAGACGUGCAAGAGAGACAUUCCUUUGAGGCCCAGGGCCCCCGUCGAAAGGCGAUGGGCAAGGCGCGGAACUAUCUUCUGGCCACCGCCCUGAAGCCGGAGCAUUCCUGGGUCUACUGGAGAGACGUGGACAUUGUUGACUGCCCGGGGAGAAUCCUGGAGGACUUCAUUGCCCACGAUAAGGAUAUUAUCGUCCCAAACAUUUGGUUUCACAGGAUCGAGAAGGGCAAGGAUAUCGAAGGACGAUUUGAUUACAACUCCUGGAUCGAAUCGGAAAAGGGCCGCAAACUUACCAGCACUCUUCCUAAGGAUGUCGUGCUUGCCGAAGGUUACAAGCAAUACGACACUGGCCGCGAGUACCUCGCCAAGAUGGGUGAUUGGCGCCAGAACAAGGACGUGGAAGUUGAACUAGAUGGCAUCGGCGGAGUCAACAUCGUCGUCAAGGCAGAUGUCCAUCGCUCUGGCAUCAACUUCCCAUGCUACGCCUUCGAAAAUCAAGCUGAGACCGAAGGAUUCGCCAAGAUGGCCAAGCGAGCAGGCUACCAAGUCAUUGGCCUUCCUAAUUACGUUGUCUGGCAUAUCGACACAGACGAAAAGGGAGGAAACAAAUAG